AUAUAUUUAAUUUUCGAAAACUAAUUUCUUUAUGAUUUAAAAUGUCCGAGUACUCCCCGAGUACUCUCCGCCUAGGACGAGUACUCUCAAUUCCCCGGUCAACCGACUAGGGAGCGCCUAGCGGCUUUUACAACCAUGAUUAGGACCUUAAUAAGUCUUGCCUAAACAGUGGCCACUCUCCUCCUAUGAUCGGCACUUCAGGGCGUUUAUCCAUUCUAAGGUGUUGUUUGUUUUUUCUGAAAAGUUCUUCUUAUCCUCUUAUGAUUGCGCCAUGGAGACCACGCGCAGACAUUUGGGUUUGGGUCUCCAGAGUGUUUAUUUUAUCGGUAGCUUUAGCUUGCUUCCAAGUCCAAGCGCAAGCGGUAGAAGCUAGUCGUCAGAAGCGAACUUCCGGGCCGGGAAGGAGCCAAAAAAGGUGAGCACCCUACACGAGCCUUAUUGAAAACUAAAGCAAGAAGGGAGAAUGUUGACUUUGGGAAAGAAGGAGUAGUGAGAAGGAUUAAGCUUGGAUCUCAAGGUAUGGAAGUAUCAGUUAUGGGAUUAGGAUGCAUGAGCUUGACUGCUAGUGCCUAUGGACCUGCCAAACCCGAACAAGACAUGAUCAAAAUCAUCCACCACGCCGUCAAAACCGGCAUCACUCAUCUUGACACCUCCGACUGCUACGGGCCUCACGCCAACGAAAUCCUCAUUGGCAAGGCGUUGAAGGGACUGGAAAGAGGAAGUGUGCAACUGGCAACGAAAUUUGGUAUCAAAUCGUUGGUAGACUGUGAAGUAUGUGGUGAUCCGGAGUAUGUUAGAGCUUGUUGUGAAGCUAGUUUGAAACGCCUUGAUGUUGAUUACAUUGAUCUGUAUUAUGUCCAUCGUGUAGAUUCUCGUGUUCCUAUCGAGAUCACAAUGAGAGAACUCAAGAAACUGGUUGAAGAGGGUAAAAUCAAAUAUAUAGGUUUAUCUGAGGCCUCACCUUCCACCAUCAGAAGAGCCCAUUCUGUUCAUCCAAUUACAGCUGUGCAGUUAGAGUGGUCACUAUGGACUAGAGACCAUGAAGAAGAAGUAAUUCCAACUUGCAGAGAAUUAGGUAUAGGGAUUGUUCCAUCCUUACCUCUCGGAGGUGGGUUCCUUGCUUUGGGUCCGAAGUUGGUGGAGGGCAUGCUAGAUGAAGAUCUUAGGAAGUACAAUCCAAGAUUACAAGGUGAGAAUCUUGAACACAACAAGAUCUUGUUUGAGCAGAUUCAGAAGAUUGCAGAGAAGAAAGGGUGCACCAUGUCUCAGUUGGCAAUGGCAUGGCUGUUAGACGUACAAGAAUACAUAUAUGUUCUGCAUUAUAUGUAUACAAAAUAGAUAAGCUAGAUAUAAUUAUUUGUUAUGUUUUUUUUUUAUAUAACAUGGGGCGGUUACAAAACAUAUAUAAAACCCUAUGUAUGUACGUAUAUAUAUAUAUCUGUAUCUCCACAUUUGUAAAUUAUCAAUUCAUUUAUGAACAUUUUCGAUUAGAACUUUCUGCAGAUUCACUCUUCAUUAUUCAAAGAUUUCCAACAAA